UUUCCCCCACUCGCCAGCGCCUCUCUCUUCCCGACGAUCCAACGAAAUUUUCUCCCGCUGACCAACGCGGAGAAAACCCCGAAGCGAAAUCUCAAACCCUAGAUCGGUCCAAAACCUCAAAACCCUAACCCUAGCCUCAUCCAAUGGCGACUCGCCGAGGAGUGCUCUCUUCUCUACGUCAAUCCACCGUAGCUCGGCGAUCCGGGACCGUUCCCGUCGCCGGACACCGCCUGCAGCCGGUGACACCGCCCAUCCAUCAACGGCGAUUCGUCAGUUCGAGAUCAUCGGCUAUAGAUGUUCUUUAUAGGUCUCUACAAUCAUCGCCAGUUACUGGAACACAUGGGAGUUCAUUAGCUUUCAAGCCACUUGUUGAAACUCGUUCUUUCUCAUCCACAGGAUCACAUACUGUACUGGAAAUGCCAGCAUUGUCCCCAACCAUGAAUCAAGGAAACAUUGCUAAGUGGAGGAAGCAAGAAGGCGACAAGAUUAAUGUGGGGGAUGUGAUAUGUGAGAUUGAGACAGACAAAGCAACUCUUGAGUUUGAAUGCCUUGAGGAAGGGUAUUUGGCCAAAAUAUUGGCUCCAGAAGGCUCAAAAGAUGUGCUUGUGGGGCAACCUAUUGCAAUUACGGUUGAAGAUCUUGAUGAGAUUAAGAAUGUACCCGUUGAUAUAUCAAAAAGAGCUGAGGUCAGAGAAGAGAAAUCAGCCAAGGCUGUGGAACAAAAAGAGCACAUCUCAGGAACUAGUUUGAGAAGAAUAAGCCCAGUAGCGAGGUUGCUAAUUAGAGAAUACGGCUUAGAUGUAUCAUCAUUAAAGCCAUCAGGUCCUCGGGGCACUCUUCUGAAAAGUGAUGUAGUAGAAGCAAUAAAAUCUGGAAAAGGAUCUAAACAAGCUUCGAAGCCAUCUCAAGAGAAAACAUCCACCUUGGCACAUAGUGUAGAGUCAAAGACCCAUACAACCAGUCAGUCUGCCCCUGCUUCGCCUGUCAUGGAUGAUUAUGAAGAUUUUCCAAAUAGUCAAAUACGCAAGGUUAUUGCAAAACGGUUACUGGAAUCUAAGCAAAGCAUCCCACAUUUAUAUUUGUCUUCAGAUGUCAUACUAGAUCCGCUACUUGCUUUCAGAAAAGAACUUAAAGAUCAGCAUAAUGUGAAAGUCUCAGUAAAUGACAUUGUCAUAAAAGCUGUUGCACUUGCAUUAAAAAAUGUACCUGAAGCAAAUGCUUACUGGAACGAUGAGAAAGGUGAAGCUACUUUGUGCGAUUCCAUUGACAUUUCAAUUGCUGUGGCUACUGAGAAGGGUUUGAUGACCCCUAUCAUUAGGAAUGCAGAUGAGAAAACGUUAUCAGCAAUAUCGUCUGAGGUCAAAGAAUUGGCUGAGAAGGCACGAGCAGGGAAGCUUGCUCCUCAUCAAUUUCAAGGUGGAACUUUCAGCAUUUCAAAUCUAGGGAUGUUUCCUGUGGAUCAUUUCUGCGCUAUAAUUAACCCUCCGCAGGCAUGCAUUCUUGCCGUCGGUCGAGGUAACAAGGUUGUUGAACCUGUAGUUGGAAGUGAUGGAAUUGAAAAACCUACAGUAGUCACAAAGAUGAGCUUGAACUUAUCUGCUGAUCACCGAGUUUUUGAAGGUGGUGUAGGAGGUAAGUUCUUUUCGGCUUUGAGAAUGAACUUCAGUGAUGUUCGAAGACUUCUUCUUUGAAGCACGCAUAGAAGAGAAGAAGACUCGAGUCGCGUUUGUGUCAUCAAUGCAAAAUCGAAGUCACCAUAGGUUGCAUAGAGCAAUAAAAUUGUGAAAGCCAUUAAUUGUGGUGCUCCCACUGAGAGGAACAACAAUUUUCCCUAGGCUUUGUCCGAAACAUCAAAAUUUUUUGUGUGCUGGCCUGCCCAGCACGUAAUUUCUUUUCAAAAUUGCUUCUUUUUUGUGCAGUUUGAAGUUGUUAAAGUUCUUUUUUUCCUGGUUGAGGUGUUAUAAUUUUUCAGCUAUAAAAGCAUGCAUGUAAUCAUUUUUUAAAUAAAAUUGGAUUUUCUCAUU